AUGGGGUUGACACUAAGACAUAUAGUCUCAAGUACUGUACCCCAUCUUCCUGCGGAAAUAUCACAGUACUACCCUUUUCGACUGAAGCAGGAUGCAAAGCGUUGUGGGAAGGCCGAGUUUACUCUGUUAUGCGAGAACAACAUCACAGUACUAGACGUACCUUCUCUAAAAUAUCAUGUACAGGCAAUCGACUACAAUAACCGCACAAUCCGAGUCGUGGAUCCUGGCUUUCAGAAAAACAAUUGUUCCUCCACUCCUGUUAAUUCUCCAACAGAAUAUGGUCCCUUCCCUCAUUCAUCACCAUAUUAUGUUGAUUCUGAUCUCUCAUGCCCUAUAUACUUCCUCAAGUGCUCAGAGCCUGUCAAUAUUUCUACUUAUAUAGACACUGCUGCAUGCACUGAUACUAUUACCAGCAGUACUGGUACUUUUUCUUCUUUGUCCCAAUCCAGAACAUAUGGUUAUGUCAUAAUUGGUGACAUGACAUCAGGAGACGUGGAGGAGGGUUGCAGCUUGGAGUGGAAGGCAUUCAUACUUAUCAGUGGGAACUACUCCAACUACAGAGACAUAAAAGGAACACUGAAUUCGUUGACGUAUGGCUUUGAGGUUGGAUAUUACUUUCCGUGGCAGAGCCAGAAUUGCCAAUGGAGCAUGAAUUACAAAUGUUUUCCUCACACCGUCGCAGGUUCGUUCCAUUGUAAAUAUUUGUGCUCUCUUCAGCUAUUCAUUACUUACUUCAUACAUCCAUUAUUGUUUUGCCUUUGAUUGGAUUCAAGAAAACUGGAAAACUUCCUUAUUGCUCGUCUUCUCCAGAAUAUAUACACAAUUCUGAAAUUGAGCACAAGGCAGAGACCUCCUUUUUAGCCCCAACAUCUCAAAACAAAUCUUUUCUUCAAAACUAAACUGAAUUCGCGACCACCUUAAACCAGAAACUAAGAGGAAGUCGAUUUUCAUUCAUACCUUGUGACUGUUUGCUCAAGAAUUCUAGAACUCCGACAGCUUCUCUUGUAGAUCGAGCGAUAUAAAGUCUUUGCAGUGAUAUAAACAUGAUGAAUAGGUAUCAUUGAAAAUAAGUGUUAUUUGUUUCAAUUUUAAGUAGGAGAAGUUGCCGCUGAGUGGGUUGACUAUAGAGACGCAAGAUCGAUCUCAAAUUGUUUCCAGAAGAAAUGGGCAAAUGGCGAUAAAGUCAUUUUCAAUUGUUUAUUUCGCAUAGUCAUUUAAUAAAUAUUAAUUUCCAUGUCAUUCUCACAUCAUAUUAGAAAUCAAUUCCAAACUAUAAAACACUUAAAUCUUAGGAAAAAAUUCCAUAUUUUUAACCCCAUUUUGUGACCAUUCAAUCUAAAAGUAUUUAAUAUUAUUUGAUCAAACAACACAAAAUAAUAAUUUUUUAUAUUUUUUAGAUAUUAUACCAUGAUUUGUUUAAACACUAAUAGAAAUUAACAUUAAUCGUAAUGAAGCGUUUCUUCAAUUGUCAUCAUUUAAUUAAAAUUGGGUUUUCACAAAGUUAACAAAAGUGAAACCAAUAAAAUCAUUUGAUAAAUAGUUUAAAAUAACAUAGGAUAAAACUAUCAAACAGUAAAAGUAAAAUAUUAAAACUGUAACUUUUUACCAGGGGUAGUAUAGUAAUUUGAUGCUGGUAAAAUAGUAGAAAGAUAAAAGUAAAAAUCCAAUUUUCUACCCUCACUCCAAUUAGUUUCCCGAUACUAAACCUUACUCCGAUCACUUCUAAAUUCAACAUGCAAUACUUCCAACAACUCCACAACAACACCAAUAAGCUUAAGUCAAUAAAACAGAGACCCAAGGAUUGAAUUUUUACCUCAGAUGAACCUAAAAGUGGAAAGACGGUGCCGCUGUGCUUCUAAUCUCCAAGUCCGAGUUGCUUCAAUCUUUAAAGAACAUCUACGGACACUCGACUGAUAUCCAUUGUUCCAACUUAGCCACCAAUAGUCAUCUCAACAAACAGGACGUCAGAAAGGAGGUCGCCAAGUUGGGUUUCUCGGCAAGACACGAAACAGAGAAGAAAAGAAAGGUAGACUUAGAAUUUCAUCCCAACAAGAAUCGAUGAAGAACAUAAUUUGGGAAUAAAGAUGAUCAACUGGGCUUACCAAUAGAGAGUUGAUUUUUUAUCGGAGCCUAUAGCUAUCGCAGAGAAGAAGAAAGAUGAAGAUGGUGCAGUGGAGACGACGACAUGGCAGAGAAUGAGAAGACCAUGAUUAGACUCUGAUUACAGAAAUCGAAUGAAUGAUUGAGUUGGGUAUAAAAAUGAGAGGCUAAGCGUACCAAUAUACGACGAAGGAGCUCACCGCAGCUCGCAAAAGAGUUUAGCAUAAAAAUGAGAGUCCAAGAUUGAACUCACUGUUCUAAAUUUCUCUGUCAUCGAAAACGUGGGUGAAUGGAUGAUUGAUAGACAUGGUUUUUUUAAGGGAGAUGAGACGGUCACGAAUAUAUUGUAGCAUGUACCAGACCUCACUGGACGGCGGCGGCAAAAGGCUGAGAAAAGAAGAUAAAUAAGAGGAUGGUUAUAACAGCACUAUGGUGUAUACAAAUGAAACCAAGUGAUCGUCCUUCAAUAAAAAAAAAUCAUAGAGAUGCUCGAGGGAGAUGUUGAAAAUCUACAAUUGCUGCCCAAGCACCCAACAUAGAUGCAUGUCGCCGACCAAACAGAUAAUAAUUUGAAUCCAGCAUGCUCGAAUGUGGAGUUAACAGUGACAUUCUCAGCUCGAUGAUGACCACUGUUUGAAGAAUGUAAACAUAUUUUUUUUUUUACUUUCCUUCUUUUUAGUAGAAAUGACUGUUGGAGGUGAGGACUAAAACUACUACACCAACCAUAGAUGGAAAUCCCGAACUGAUCUUUAUGUACGUAUCUCAUAAUAAUUGUAAGGUUUUCCUAACUAUAAUACUGCUCCAUUGUAAGAAUUGUUAUUGUAGUAUUUAUUCAAGUCAGAGUGUCAGACUCAGAACGUU